AUAUAUAUUUAAUGUAGCUAUAAAUAGAAUAAUUUAACAGAUCAUUUAUAAGUUGAAGCAAAAACAAAAUUUCAUGUUUGACGCAUACGGAAUGAGGACACAUCGGUCACCUGUUUUAUACUUAUUUACUUACAUGUGAUUUUAAUCGAAAAUGGGAUGCGUAUCUAGCACGGAGGUGAGGUCGCCACCCUUUAGACCACAAUCACAGCCGUGUAAGUCCGGGUACUUGUUAUACAGUGAUGGCUAUACAAAAUGGAAGAAAGUAUUUGUGGUGUUAUUUCAAGAUUCAAUGAUGGCAUGGUUCCGGAAACCUAAAGAACGUAUGCCUAUUUGUCACGUCACGUUAAAGAACGUCUGUAAUAUGUUAGCAGUUGGUCCUAUUUGCAAGAAGAUCCCAAACUGCCCGAAGAAAAUCCCGAAGAAAACGAGCUAUAGUUAUAUGAUAGCCUUCCCACAGUGGGCAACACCCGGGACAACCGGCAGCAACUUGUCUAGUCCAGUCUGUUUCUUUCUGUGUCCUAACGGAAGUGCAAUGGGAACAUGGAUGUCAUCGAUAGCAGAAAUUCUUCCACCGCCAAAUGUACCUGCAGCUUCACAAAAUGGCGCUAAUCCAGGGGCUUAUCCUCCACCGAUGAACGGGCAGCCUGCAUUCCCGCCACCUCCGGGGUACGGUCAACCAUCACCAGGAUACGGCCAACAACCGCCUGCAUACGGACAACAACCGCCGGGAUAUGGACAACAACUUCCGGGUCAACAAACAGUCGUAGUCCAACAGAGACAUCGGCAAAGAAGAGGAUCUCGAAGUUCUGGUGAUUUCUCAAAAGGAUUCCUAGCUGGUGCGGCUUUAGGUUAUGGUUUUGGACGGCCCUGGGGUUGGGGUUGGGGCUGGGGUUGGGGUUAUGAUCCAUGUUAUGGUUGGGGCUAUGCUGACUAUGAUAUGGAUGUAGAUGUAGAUAUUGAUGUUGACGUUGAUGUUAAUUAUGACGGAGAUCUUGCCUCGGUGAAUGAUUUCGGAGGAAGCGAUUUUCAAGACUACGGCGAUACUGCUGAUGCCGGCGGGGAUGCAGACUUCGGACUUGCUGAUUACGAUACUGGUGGCGGGGAUGGAGACUGGGGAGGACAUUACGGGGAAGGAGAUUACGGAGGAGGGGGUGAUGGUGAUUAUGGUGGUGCGGAUUAUGGAGGCGGAGACUUUGGUGGUGGUGGUGACUUUGGUGGUGGUGGUGACUUUGGGGGCGGAGACGGUGGUGGAGGGGGAUGUGGGGGCGGAGACGGAGGUGGGGGUGGAUGUGGGGGCGGAGGAUGCGGGGGUGGAGGUUGCGGCGGGGGCUGUGGAGGAUAGUUUGAAUGGUAUCCACAAUUUCAUUUUAUAAAGUUGCGCAAUCAAGAAGGCAUAAAGAAUUUGACAAACUCAAAUCUCAUUGUGACAUUUAUCAGAUAUUUUUCUUAUCAGUGAUCCUGCCUUAAUAUUAUCACAAUAUUUUACUGCAGAGAUCGUUUGUUGUUUAACUGUUAAAGAAUCGGGAGGUAGUAAAAAGACAAUUUACCUGAUGCGGCAUAACAUGAAGUAAAUGAAAACAUAGCAUAUAUUUACAUGUAAACAUUAUCAGUUAUUAUGUAAACAUUACAAACAAUUUUGUGUACAACAUUACUCAGGAUUAUAUGUUAACACUAUUCUUCCUCCUCAUGUAAAGGAAGGACUGUGUUUGUUGAAACUAACUGAGAAAUGACAAUUUAAACUCAUCUAGAAGUCUAAAGCCUUCCGAUUGUAUGUACUGCGCCAUUUUGAUAUUAGAAAGUUUUACUCUGACAGUAAACGACAGUAAAAAGCAGUAUAUUAUAGUGACCAUUGAACAAACGCAAUAAAGUUUAGUAACAAAAAAAAAAAACAAAUAUGUUAUGCCGGUUUGCCACGGCGAAUUGGUAUUACGUAAUGAUUUUACUGAGGACACAAUAGACCAAAUGCUUGCCUACCAGCUUUUUAUAUGAUUCACCUAAGCUUAUUUGGCCAAUCAAAUUUAAUCUUACAUAUCGGCUAAAAAUCUUCAAUUUUAACGCCAUUUUUAAAAGUAGCAAGUAUUGCUUUGAGGAUGAUUUAACAUGUAAGUUUUCGCGAUUUCUUUUUAAUUAAUCACACUUACACUGACGUUUGAUUUACUUUAUCUCUAAAAUUAGAUUUUGUUUGGUUAAAUAACAUAAGUGUCCAUCUGCUUACAAAUAUAUUACUAUAUCAUAUUCCUCUAUCAUUCGUGUUUGUAGUAGACCACCUAUAGUAUAAUUAUUUUGUUGACAAAUUAUCAUUUUCGUUUUGUCAUUUUGUCAUCUAUUUCAUACAUGUAUGCUCAGAUAUAGCCUAAUGUUUGAUAUUAUUUUUACAUGUUUAUUUUCAAUUCACUUUUUUGAUAAAUUCCUUAAAACAACCACAAGGAUUUCUUUGUCUCCUUGCAAUACAGUUGAGAAUCAAUCCAUAAGACUGUAAGUUAACUGCAGUGAAGGGCAAGUUUAAAAGCUGUAAAAAAACAAAAACAGAACAAUUAGCUGGACUAUUUGAAGACUAAUGAGAGCUGUCCCAGACCCCGAGCGUCAGUAUAACCAUUAUGUUAGUUUGCGUACCACCUCAAAUAUUUUCAAAGCUCAUUGACAUACAACUUUGAAAUUUUGCACACUUGUUUACCAUCAUGUUUCCAACUUGUAACCAGGAGGAGGUAACUAUAUCAAGCACUUUCACAGAAUUAUAGCCCUUUUUAACUUAAUAUUUACGUUAAAGUUUGCGUACUACCUCAACUAUUUUCAAAUUACAUUGGCAUUUAGCUUUAGCAAACUUCAAUGCCUGGAGCAUGUAGCAUUGCCUUGUAAACUUUCAAAACAAAUGUUAAUAUUGACCCAUGAGUCAACUUUCGCCCUACACAAGGGGUACUUGAUUUAUAUAGAAGGUUGUAACGUGCACGAGCUAGCUGUUAUAUAUAUGGGGGUAUAUAGGAUCACCCGGUGGUCGGUCGGUCCUGCGGUCCGUUGCAUUUUCCUUGCCCGGAGCAUAACUUGAAGACUAAUGGUUGGAAUUCAAUACAACUUCAUACAAUGGUCAAACACAUUGAGAGGAAGUGCAGUGCACAAGAACCAUAACUCCAUCUUGACUAAUUACAGUUAUUGCCCUUUGAUAGAAGCAUAACUUGAAAAGUACUGGUUGUAAUUCAAAACAACUUCAUACAAUGGUCAAGCACUAUAAGAGGAAGUGCAGUGCACAAUAACUCCAUUGUGACUAAUUACAGAGUUAUUGCCCUUUAAUAGUUUUCCUUGUCUGAAGUAUAACUUUAAAAGUACUCGUUGGAAUUCAAAACAACUUCAUACAAUGGUCAAACACAAUAAAAGGAAGUGCAGUGCACAAGAACAAUAACUCCAUUUUGACUAAUUACAGAGUUAUUACCCUUUGUUACUUUUCGUUGUCCGAAGCAUAACUUGAAAAGUACUGGUUGGAAUUCGAAACAACUUCAUACAAUGGUCAAGCAUAAUAAGAGAAAGUACAGUGCACAAGAACCAUAAUUCUAUCCAGAAUAAUUAUAGACUUAUUGCCCUUUGUUACUUUUCCAUUGUUUUUUUCUUGUCCAGAGCAUAACUUGAAAAACACUAGUUGGAAUUCAAUACAAUUUCAUAUAAUGGUCAAUCACAUUGAGAGAAAGUGCAGUGCAAAAGAAACAUUACUCCAUCUUGACUAAUUAUAGAGUAAUUGCUCUUUGAUACUUUUCCUUUUCCGAAGCAUAACUUGAAAAGUACUGGUUGGAAUUCAAGUAAUUCAAUAAAACUUCAUCAAUGGUUAACCACAGUGGAAGGAAAUGCAACAUACAAGAACCACAGCUUUCUUUAAUUGCUCACAACCAUAACUCUAUUUCAAUUUUUUGACAAGGUAUUCUGUUUCUAGUAACUACCUCAUUUCCGAAGCAGUCUUGCGGGGGUAUUAAUCACAUAUAGUGAUAGUUCUUGUUUAAUAUUAGGCUAGGCAUUUAAGCCAAAAAUAAGACACAACCUCAAACAAAUUCCUUCAGAAAAGAUAUUUGCAUGUUUGUUAUCUACUAUAUAUGUGUUGCUACAGGAAAAAAGUCCUCAAAAAAAAAUGCGAAGUAUAAAAUGCUAAAAAUGUCAUGUAUUAAAAUCAUAUGAAUUUUCAAUAAGAAAAAUAUGUGAAAUUAAAAACCCUUGUAUUUCUUACAGUUACUCUACGCAAAUAUUCGUCAUUAACAAAGUAACACAUUAAUACACAAAAUUAUUUAAUCUAAAACACUUUAAAUAACAAAAGUUCAUUACAUUCAAAAAGUCGCAACACUGCAUAAUCAAUUAAUAAUCAUUCAGACUGGUAUAAAACAUUACCCCGCCCACUAAUGAUAAAUCAUUUUUUUCCAUUUCAAGUCAGAUUCCAUUAAAUAUUCUUAUAAUUUAGCUCUACCAAGAAAAGAGUUGUAUGAAUCUUUCUAAAUUGAUAAUAUAAGUCAAAAUUCCAAUGCAUUUUACACAAUAAUUGUGAUUUAUAUACAUUGUGUUUGCAUUUCUGUUCUGAAAAUCAAUCCGUCGCAAAGGGUAAAUAUCUUGCCAAUGUUAAAUUGCACUUACUUUACAAGGAAAAUUUUGUAUACCAUUUAUUAUAAAAAGACAUUUUAAAAGAGAAAGAAUCUUCUAACGUUAAGAUACAGAAAAUAACAACACAAUGUUAUUUCAUCAUUUUUGUCACCGAGGCCCGACAAUCCAUAUAGUCGGACAACAGUCCAUGUACAAUGCUGAAAUUAUAUCUCCUGUAACUUUUGUGGCCGGUGCUGUUCAUCCCAUUAGCCCUUCUUACAAAUACACAUUGUUUGUAUCUGUAAGAAAAUGACUUAUAACAUAAUAUGAUAAUAAAAAAGCGAAUUUUG